AUGAUGCAGCGACUAUCCCACACGCUGCUUGUUCUGGUGGUCAUCAGUCCAAAGUAUCAAGCAGACGCUGUGAAUGAAACAAAGUUGGUAUUGGAUGACAUGGCAAUGCGCUGGGACGGCAAAAGAUACCCAGAAAGAGCCUAUCAAGCAAUUCUAGAUUGCCUUGGAAAAUGGGAUGAGCCCGUCAUCGAAGCUCAUGAUGUUGCUUGGCGUUCAUUCUAUGAGAUGUACAUUAGCCUUCCUGCUGCACAGAACGAGGAAACGAUGUGGAGUUCUAGUGGUGGUCCAUUCUUGGAAACCGAACUUAAGAAGACAGAGGUAUAUGGUGGUAACUUCAAUUCAUUUGGCACUGUGGAAGUUAGAGAGAGGUGCAACUAUGUUUCAAAUAUCGCAUACUACAAUGCUGCUUUGAGGAUUUGUAAAUAUGACGACCGUUGGCAUUCCAACAGCACUUUUCAGUCUGCACUGAUGAAAUCAAUCUCGAUGCAAGCCAUUGGUUCAGCAUAUUUUCAUGGCAGUUUCACUAAAUUGGGAUUCUUUUUUGACACUGAGAAUCAAGGGCUCUCACUCUAUCUUGCAUAUCAAAUGUCCAUUCAAAGUGUUGGAGAGAUUUCUGAUCCCAAUUUCAAUGAAACUGCAUUCCGGACUGGAAGCAACUCGCUGACUCUCGAGGACAUUACUCCCUUUUGGAAGCCUGUUGAUGCAAUCACCUUCCUUCCAUUGGAUGAAGAUUUGCCCUUUACGGAAUGGGCCAACUUCAUAAAAGACCAAAAGAUUCCUGUGCUUGAAGAAAAUGUCUUGGCACUUGUAGCAUGGAUAUGUGUGUCAACGCUUCCCUAUGAUUGCUGCAAUCAAGUAGUGAAUGACGUGGUGGCUCCUAUCUUCAUCAACGACGAAGAGCAGCUCGACUUUUUGAGAAACAUCUACUUCCCACAAGCCAAGAUUGCAGCUGAAAGCCUCGAUUUGCCAAUGCCCCUUUGGAUUGGACUACCCAUUUUGACCAAAGGGGCUGGGGCAGCAAUCUCGUUCCUCUGGGCAUACCUCUUUCAGGAGAAUCGACUCCCAACACCAGGUUUGGAGGGCAUGUACUUCAAUACCACAGCGCUGGGGGCCAUUGCCACACCAUAUGUUGAUUUCUUUGUCAAUUUGCUGACUGGGUUUGGCAAUCCAACCAAGUACAUCUACAAGAACAAAGAGGAGGCUUACCCUGGAGCAAGUUUUUGCAACAGGGAUUCCCCACAUUCCCUUUGGCAUCAGCAAAGCGCAGAUGCCAUAGCCGAACUUGCUUACCUAGGAGACAGACUGUUUAAGGUCCUGGAAGAUCGGAAGGAACGAAUGCAGCACAGAAGUUGGUUUGGAUCUGGUGUCUUUGACAGUUUUCAGAAUGUCCGUGGUGGAAGCCGUGACGGUGAAGACUAG